CUCAGCCAGCCCGCCGGACUGCGCUCUUCAGUACCGUGCUUGUUGAAUCGCGAGGGCUCACCGAAGAGAUCCCACCGCAGCGGACAUCCCGGCCGCGAAGACAGUCGGCCCUUGGUUAAGCACACGGCCCGAAGGCAUGAUGACGGCGAGAAGAGCCACCCACGCGGGCUCGUGGUACACCGAUGAUGAACGUGAGUUGUCAGGCCAGCUGGACAGCUUUCUUGCUGCCGUUCCUAGCAAGACUGCGUGUAUCGGCACCCAGUCUGCCAAGGAAGACCCCGUGGACAUUCCCGUCUCGAAUGCCAGGGCCAUCAUAGCACCGCACGCUGGCUACUCGUACUCGGGGCCUGCUGCGGCAUGGGCCUAUAAGGCGGUGGACUGGUCCAAUGUCAAGCGGGUGUUCCUGUUGGGCCCGUCCCAUCACUACUACCUCGAAACAUGUGCCCUGUCGCGAUGCACGACGUACGAGACGCCGCUGGGCGAUCUCAAGCUCGACAUGCCCACCAUCGCCGAGCUGGAGAAGACGGGCAAGUUCUCGCACAUGUCCCGAGCGGCCGACGAGGACGAGCAUAGCCUGGAGAUGCACCUGCCUUACAUCUACAAGAUGCUCUCUCGCAACUUUGCCUCGCCGGCCGACUUCCCACCGCUCAUUCCAAUCUUGGUUGGAUCAACGAACCGUGCGACUGAAAAGGCGUUUGGCGCUCUCCUUGCCCCUUACCUCGCUGACCCGUCCUCCAUCUUCAUUGCCUCCUCUGACUUCUGCCACUGGGGCUCCCGCUUCCGCUACACGUACUACCAGCCCGCGAGCGGACCCGCCGUGCACCUGAACUCAGCUAAGCGGCCCUCCGACCGCGCGAUUCAUGAGAGCAUAGCCGCGGUCGACAUGCAGUGCAUCGACGCGGUAGAGACCGGUGUGCACGACGAAUUCCUGCGUGUGCUGGAAGAGACGGGAAACACGGUCUGCGGAAGGCAUCCCAUCGGGGUCGUCAUGGCGGCCGUCGAGGUCCUGGAGAAGGAAGGCAAGGCCGAUCCGGCCAAGGUAUGUCCUUUCUGCUUUUUGCCUCCCGUUUCGUCUUCAGCGCCAUUUCCUUCAACCACAAACAUGCGGCUUCUUGAUGAGAACGUUUUGCUAAACACGUCACGCCACAGGGUCAAGGUCGAUUCAAGUUCGUGCGGUAUGAGCGCAGCAGUCUGGUCACAAGUCCGCGAGACAGCAGCGUGAGCUAUUGCAGCGCUUUCGCGGUAUUGUAGUCUAGUCUCCCAAGUAUCCUUCUCCACAACCAGCACGUGGGCGCCAUUCGUUUGCCAAGAGGCACAUCCACUACUCCAAACGUAGUAGAACAAAGCCGUCGUCCCUCUCCCAAAUCGUAGUGAUGCCUCCUUUGUGAUUGCACGAGGCAGUUAGAGGCGUGCUUACAUGCGCGGUGGAGAAUUAGCGCCGCCCGCGUUCUCUUAGUCGUGGCCCACAUGAGACUAUCUACCCGUAGCGCAUUUACCAUGUUCUUUU